AUGGCUGCUGCUACCACUAGCUUUGGAACUGCAGGGUGUCUAAGAAGAGUAACUCACGCAUUCGCACUUUCUCAUCUCCGCACCAAUGCCAACCUCUCUUUUCAAAGCACCCUUACCCCUCAUCUUCUCUCCCUUUCCACUUCUUCAGAUUCAAGUGCAAGCAAAGCAGUACAAGCUUCAAAAGGAGAAGUUGAUGUACUGCUCAAGGGAGUUGGGGACAAAAGUGUAGCUAAUGAAGUGAAGCAUGUUCUUGAGAUGGCUAGACGAGCAUCAUUAAAACGAGAGAUUCUCCAUACAAAUUUUCUAACCCCUCCAGUGAUGAAGGAAUCUAUGCAAGUAUUGGAAAAAUUAGCGGACGUUAAAGCAUUGGUGCAAGGAGGUUAUCCACAGGCUGAGCGAUGCCGGAUUUCUGUUGGACAUCCAGAUGAACUGACAAGUGAUCCAGAUGUUAUUUCGGCAUUGAGCAUUACAGGGAACUUCCAGUUUGAAUCUUGCUCUCAUGGUGACUUCCUUGGUUCAAUUCUUGGUACAGGAAUUGCUAGGGAGAAACUUGGAGAUAUUAUACUGCAGGGAGAACAGGGUGCUCAGAUAAUCAUUGUACCAGAACUAGUUGAAUUUCUUAUGACAGCACUAGAUAAGGUUCGAAAUGUUCCUGUAACCUGCACCAAGAUACCAUUAAUUUCUCUCGAUUAUGAACCACCAAGAACGAAAUCAUUCAAAACUAUAGAAGCAUCACUAAGAGUUGAUGCAGUAGCUAGUGCAGGAUUUAAGAUUUCACGUUCAAAGCUAGUUGACAUGAUCAGCAAUGGCGAUGUACGUAUCAACUGGAUCCCGAUUACUACCAAAGGAACAACAAUCAAGAGUGGAGAUCUUGUAUCAGUUAGUGGAAUGGGAAGAUUAAAGAUAGGAGAAGUCAACACCACAAAGAAGGGAAAGUUUGCAGUGGAGCUCAUUCGAUAUUUGUAG